UGCUUCCGAGUCCUCACCAAAGCCACUACCACAACUUCAGAACCACUUCAAUUAUUUUCUCUCUGCAAAAAACUUAAAAAGAAAAAAAGAAGAAAAUCUGUCUCAAUAAUGUCGGAACCCAAGAGCAAGGUCGAUUCUCUCAGGGAAUGGGUUGUCGAGCACAAGCUUCGAGCUGUUGGUCUUCUAUGGCUCAGUGGAAUUACGGGUUCGAUAGCUUAUAACUGGUCUCAGCCCGGCAUGAAGACCAGUGUGAGGAUCAUCCACGCCAGGUUGCAUGCACAGGCUCUGACGCUUGCCGCAUUAGCUGGUGCAGCAGUGGUGGAGUACUAUGACCACAAAACUGGAGCAAAACAUGACAAAUACGCCAAGUACUUCCCAGUUGAGGACUUUAACAAGGAUUCCAAUUGAGAACUUUAACGAGGAUUAAGCAUCGCGUUCGACGACCCUGCUUGGGGAAACAUUUAACCCCACAUAGCAUGGCAUGGCCUUGCGCAAGUUUUUCUAGAAAAUAGUUGGAGGAUGAUAAGAAAAAUAACUGUGUGAACAGCCUUUCUUCAACCAUUAUUUUGUUUGUCUGUAUUAACUCCGAUUGUAAUCAGGCACGGGAUUUCUGUGCUACUGAUUUGCAAGUAUGCAGUAAUUAGGCCUCGGCCUUUCGUGAA